ACAGCUAUCCACAGUUUAUACGACGGAAUUGCUGGAAAUGCCGGAGUGGCAAUGACAACAUGGAUCCUGACAGUGGGGUGGAAGCGCAGCGAGCUGUCAGUCUGCAGUGGAAAAGCUACAAGCUGAUCCAGGACCCGGCCAUCCGCAGGGUCGCCCAGAAAGUCUACCGCUACGAUGGGGUGCACUUCAGCGUGCCGGACUCGGGGUUCACCCCAGUGGGGGAUCUGCGGGACCCCCGACCUCGCAGGAUCUGGUCCAAACGUGCAGAGCUGUCCCUACCGGUGCCCAGAUUUAAGCUGGACGAGUUCUACGUGGGUCCGAUCCCCCUGAAGGAAGUGACCUUCGCGCACCUGAAUGACAACAUCCGGGAGCCCUUCUUGGCGGAGAUGUGCGCCAAGUUUGGCGAGGUGGAAGAGAUGGAGAUUCUGUUCCACCCGAAGACACGCAAGCACUUGGGCCUGGCCCGCGUUCUUUUCACCAGCACCAGGGGUGCUAAGGACACCGUCAAGCACCUGCACAACACUUCUGUGAUGGGCAACAUCGUCCACGCGCAGCUGGACAUCCGAGGCCAGCAGAGGAUGAAGUAUUAUGACCUGAUAGUGAAUGGUACCUACACCCCUCAGACCGUCCCCACUGGAGGGAAGGCCCUCUCUGAGAAGUGCCCGCCGUCUGCGCCCGCCAACCCCGACACGUCUUCUGACGUCCGGCGCAGGCUCUCCGUCGACUUCAUGGGCCCGAGUGUGCCCCCCCUCACCCCAGGCAGCACCACCCCUUGCUCCGCCGAUACCGGUUUCAGUGAGCCGCGCCUGGACACGCCUCCUUCCUCCCUGGGAGGGCCCUUCACCCCGGGUUCCUCUGCAUCUUCCCAGGGCGGGGGCACGCCCUACACUCCUCGCUCUGGGACUCCCUUCUCCCAGGACUCGGCCUUCAGCAGCAGGCAUGGGAGUCUGGGUUACGGAGGAGCCGCCGGUGCUAUGAGCAGUAGUUACCCUUCUCAGGACAUGUUGCCCUCUUCCUCCUGCUCCUCUUCUGCUGUCUCCUCGUCUUCCUCCAUCGGGGGAUACAAGACCUCACGCUACCUUGAUGAAAUGCAUGCACCUCCCCAGGAGGGGCCCCCCUACCACUGGGGUCGCCCCCCUUACCCUCCACCUGUCUCAUACCGCCCCAGUGAGCCGCCUCCUUACCCCGCCUAUCACAAUGCUGGGGGCAGCGGGCAGCAUUUGCACCUCCACCCUCCACUUCCUCCUCCCCCUCCUCCUCCUCCCACGUCCCAGUACGAAUCCCCCAUGGUCUUGGAGAGGGACAGGGAGCGAGAGAGGGACCGGGACAGAGACAGGGACUCCGUGGGCCGGUACCCGGCCGGGGUAGGCUCCCGGCGCUCCUCCUAUCACCAUCAGCCGCCAGAGGCCGGCAUGGCCUCCAAGUCGUCCUCCUAUCAUUCCCAUCACCAUCACCACCACCAUUCGGAGCGCCGGGAUGAGAGGGGCUACCGCAGCGGGAGCAGUGGGGGCAGCUCCAGCUCGCGAUCCGGAGACCAUGGCCACCAGAGACACAGGAAUCACCACCAUUCCCACAACCACCAUGGCGGGGGCAGCCGGCGCAGGGGCAGCCGGGACAGGGAGCGGGAUCGAGACAGAGAGCGGGAUCGAGAGCGGGACAGGGAGCGCGAGCGGGAUGGCGAGUUCCCCAGCAGCUCGGACCUGCGCUAUGCCCCCGGUGGCUCCGGCCCCGGCCGUCCGGCCACACCCAUGUCCUCCAACAGCCUGUCCCCGCUCCCCUCCUCUUUCCCUUUCACGUCAAAAGACACGCCGGUUCCCGAGCAGGAGCCCAGCUCAGCGUACCGCCCACCGGGGAGGGAGCGUGGACCAGCAGGUGAUAAGGACUACCGCCAUCAGACCCCUGUCGCACCGCCGCCGCCGCCCCCGCCACCUCCCCCAUUGCCCCCAGCGUCAGUCAUUGCGGCAGCAGUCGCAGAGAGCUAUGGUCCUACAGGCUAUGAUCAGGAAAGCCCCCCACCUGAGGAGCAGUGGGCCAAGCUGAAACGUCGGCCCAGCACGCCGCCAUUGCCUCCUCAGACAUCCCUCUCCUCCAAGCCUGUCCCAUCCUCUCCUGCCCAUCCCUCCAUCACCUCCUCCUCCUCGCCAUCCUCUACCUCCGUUCCCCUCCACGGCCCACCGCUGUCUCCCCCCAGUCCCGCCGCUGACCGCAAUUCGUCAUCUCCGGAGCCAGACUCCACCAACGAGAGCCUGCCGUUCGUCUACCAUAGCAGCAGCCUGGACUCCCGAAUCGAGAUGCUCCUGAAAGAGCAGAAAGCCAAGUUCUCCUUCCUGGCGUCAGAUGACGAGGAUGAGGAAAAGAGGGACGAGAAGCGUGCCGACGGGGAUGAAGCCCAUGCCAGGGGAGUCCCCGCGGAUGGUUCUGGGGAGAGGGUCUGUGAGGGUGAGGUGAAAGAGGGCGGCGGUGAGGAACGAGACCGGCGCAGGAGGCGCGAGGGGAACAGAGGGUCGGGCGAAGCAGAUGGUGGCCGCGCACGCCGAAAGGCAGAGCGGGAGAGAGAUCGUGAAGGGCGCCGCAGGAGGGCGAGGAAGGAGGGCGGAGGUGAAGGCAGGAGGAGCCCGGCAGUGGCCACCGCCCCUUCUUCCACCUCCUCAGCCCACUCACCUCCCCCAGAGGCCGCCUCAAGUCAGCCGGGCCCUGACCAAGAAGAGGACCCCAGCUCCGGGUCAGCUGACCCUCGUAAGAGACAUGGAGCACACACGCCCCCAACUCUCAACGGACAGGGCCAGGCUUCUCCCCGCUCCUCUGGUGAGGACAUGGAGAUUUCGGAUGAAGAUGAAAAUCCGGUGCCGGCCGGCACUUCUCACCACACCGCCCUUCCCUCCUCCUCGUCCUCACCCACCCCCUCAUCUCAGUCUGUUCCACCCUCCCAGACCCCCGACCCCUCGUCUUCUCCCCCUCCCCUCUCCGAGUCCACUCAGCACUUUGGCAAUGUCCUGCCCCCACCCAUGCCCUCAUAUCCACCCCACCUGCCCCCGCCGCCACCACACGGCUUCUCCCUCCAGCCCCCUCCUCCCCCCGGGCUCCCCCCACCCCUAGCGCACAUGGAUCUCCACCCGGAGUUCCCACCUCCCAUCCCCCCGCACAUCUACGACUACAGCCGCUCCAUGGAGCUGAUGAGCCAGUACAGCGGAGGGGCCCCCAUGUCCUUCCAGAUGCAGACGCAGAUGCUGAGUCGGCUGCACCAGCUGCGCAUGUCCUCCAGCAAUGGCGCAGCAGCCCCCGGCGAGCCACCCCCGUCAGACUACCCCCCAUCUUUCCCGCACGACUUGCCCCACCUGCACUCCCUCCCUUCUCACCCUCACCCCCCUCACCCGCACCAUCCCUACAUGGACCAAGAGGGAAGCGGCACUCCCUUUGACCAAGACCACCGCUACAUGCCUCCGCCAAUUCCGUACCCGUUUGCUGACCCUCACGCCCCCCAGUUGCCGCCCCCGCCCCACCACGGCCUCCCGCCACCCCCCUCCUCCUGGCCCCCUCACCUGGUCCCUCCUCACUUCCCCUCUUACUUGCACCCACCCCCUGGGGCUCCAGCACCAUCCCACUUUGGCCCGCUGUCGCCAUCGGCCAGCUCCUCCUCGUUUGCAGCUCAGUUUAGUGCCGUGGGCGGCCCACAGGUGCCCCUGCUCCCGCAGCACCCCCACGAGGCCACCGUGCGUCUGGUCCUGGCCGCACUCAUCCAGGAGAUGAAGAGCAUUGUACAGAGGGACCUUACCCGCAAGAUGGUGGAGAACAUCGCCUUCGGCACCUUCGACGAGUGGUGGGAGCGCAAGGAGAGGAAGGCCAAGCCCUUCCAGACGACGGUGCGGGGUGUUUCGGCCAGCCGAGGGGAGGAGGAGAAAAAGGAGAAGGAGGAGAAGGAGAAGGAGAAGGCCAGCAGCCGGCCACGCGAGCCCCUGCUCUCCCUGGUGGACUGGGCCAAGAGUGGCGGGCUGGAGGGCUUCUCCCUGCGGGGGGCGCUCCGCCUGCCUUCCUUCAAGGUGAAGAGGAAGGAGCCCCUAGAGCUCCAGGAGGGGGUGGACAUGAAGAGGCCCCGCCCAUCCACUCCCCCCGACGAGGAGGACGAGGACUCAUACCAGGAGAAGGGUCCGGACGCCCUGGGUGGGCGCGGCGAGGAGGAUGGCGACCCCAGGGCCACGCGGGAGAGGCGCAGGGGGCAAAAGAGGAUGAGGCGGCAGAAACAGUUCGAGCUGGACAGCGAGGGAGAGGAGACAUCCGACACCUCCUCCUCCGACAAGGAGGAUGAUGAAGAUGAGGAAGACAGCGAUAAGGAGGAUGACUCUGAGGACGAGGCGGUGAGCGGCGACAGUGAUGACGAGAGCGAGUCCUCGUCCUCUUCAGAAAGUGGCUCCUCAUCCUCCUCAUCCUCGUCUUCCUCCUCGGAGGAUGAAGAGGAUGAUGAAGAGGGGGUCACGAGGCCGGGGGAGAGUGAGGGAGUGGACACCAUGGACGAGUCCACUAUGGACAGCGCCAUCUUGGAUGUGGAGCGGGAGGACGAGAGGAUCCGUCUCCAGGGGGCGACCACCAGCGCCGAAGGCAGGAGGGGAUCUGAUGCCAGAGCAGCUAAAGGCGACGCACGCAAGGCUGAAACCGAGAAGCAGGCGGCCCAAAGCGGCCCAGGCUUACGCCGCCCCCCCUCGCCCCCACCUCCCCGGCCUUCUUCCCCCAUCCCUCUGCUGCCCCCCCUCAAAAAGCGCCGCAAGACCGUCUCCUUCUCCACGGAGGAGGUUGACGGCAAAGCCACACAGGCCCCCGCCCUCUCCAUGCCCCCCACAUCCCCAUCUGCGUCCCCGGCCCCCACACAAUCUCUACUUCUGUCGCCUGUCCGAGCUCAGCCGCCGGAGUCCAUCCUGACCUCCUUCUCCCCUGUCGCUCCGCCUGCUGCUCCGUCCGCAGCCCCCACCAGUACCCGGCCCCCACCGGUGCUCCUCCCCUUUGCUUCCAAGCCUGGGGAAGGUGGAGCACUCUCCCCGUCUCCUUCAGCGGGUUCAGUGCUCACCGUGCCACCACCAGUCCGCUCCCUCCGUCCAGACGAGCCGAAGAAAAGCCCCGGGGCAGCCGCUCCCCCCCCCACUCCCCCAGCCAAGUCCCCACCAGCUUCCAGGAGGGGCGCCGCCAAGGAGACGCCCCCAAAGUCCCUGCUGGUCCCGCCUCCACCUGUCUGUCAGACGGUGCAGAACCUGCCCCCCGACCACGCCUCCAUGGUGAGGACAUUCUAUGAGGAGCCGGCUCCCGUACUCCCUAUCCCAUCUCCUGUCCCAGCCCCCAGGGGUCGCCCCCGAGGCCGUCCUCGGACCGUCAGUCUGUCGGCCACUGCGCCGCCCCCCAUGUCACAGGUGAGCCCCGAGGGUGAGGACGGAGCAGAGAGGGGGCACAGGUUGCGUCUGCGCGAACAACUGGGUGCCACUGGCCUGUUGCAGCUGGCAGGGACCCCAAGCACGGGCACGGCACCCACCCCCGACCUCACCGUUCUGGCUGACGUGGCUCUCAAGCUGGAGCCCGAGGCUCAGGACUCGGAGGAGACGGAGACGUCAGACGAGGCGGAAGAACAGCAGCAGGCGCUAGGACCAGAGGGGGGGAGUCUAGCUGCGGGAAGCAGGAUCACGCUUCACCCCGAGGGCCAGUUUGUCUGGCUGGAGCACAACUACUGCAAGCCCCAGGUGCACCCUGCCGCUCCAGCCACUGCUGGCCAGAAGAAGGCCAAAGCGGAGCCCCACCCAGUGCUGCUCCCUGCAGACAUCAACCACCACGCCAUGUCCGGUGUGCUGGAGGCACCGGAGGAGGUCGUGGGGGAGCCACAACCAUUCAAGGAGGAGAUUUCGGAUCUCUACCCGCCCCUAGGAACUCUGACUGGGGUCGUGCUUCUGGGCGAGGCUAGGGAUGCUGAAACCAAGGCCCCCGUGGCCCCUGCUGCCAUCGCACCCCCAGUCAAGCGUAGGGGCCCAGCGGCCAGGGAAGCAGAUCAGGAGGAGCAGGAGAAAGGGAGGAGCAAGGGGAGGAAGAAGAGGAGGAAGGAGAAGCAGGAGCAGCAGCAGGCAAAGAAGAAAGAGAGACUGAGCAAGAAGGAGAAGAAGAGGAAGUUGGAGGAGCUAGAGCUGGAGGAGGUGGACGUGGAGCAGCUGGAGCCCGGUGAGCCAUCCGAAUCUGAUGAGUCGGAUGAGGAUGAGGAGUGGCGUGAGCCGGAGGAGGCGAGGAAGCCCGAGCGGCGCAGGUCCCGGCCCAAGGCCUCCGCCAUGCUCCCGACACCGACUCGCACCUUCCAGCCACGCAGCGAGUUUGAGCAGAUGACCAUCCUGUAUGAUAUCUGGAACGUGGGCCUGGAUGUGGAGGACAUGCGGCUGUUGAAGGUGACCUACGAGAAGCUGCUGCAGGAGGACCCCAGCACGGACUGGCUCAACGACACGCACUGGGUGCACCACACUGUCACCAACAUCCCCAACCCCCGGCGCAAGAAGAAGAACCCAGAUGAGCAGCUGCGGGAGCACGUGACAGGCUGUGCCCGCAGCGAGGGCUACUAUGCCAUCAGCCGCAAGGAGAAGGACAUCUACCUCGACCUGUACCCCGGCUCAGCGCAGGAGCUCGACUAUGACAACCUGGCCACCAACCGCGUGCUAUCAGAACGUCGCUCCGAGCAGCGCCGGCUUCUCAGCGCCAUCGGCACGCAGGCCGUCAUGGACUCUGAUUUGCUGAAGCUCAACCAGCUCAAGUUCCGCAAGAAGAAGCUCCGCUUCGGCCGCAGCCGGAUCCACGAGUGGGGGCUGUUCGCCAUGGAGCCCAUCGCUGCCGACGAAAUGGUCAUCGAGUAUGUGGGGCAGAACAUCAGACAGAUGGUCGCUGACAAUCGGGAGAAGCGCUACGCCCAGGAAGGCAUUGGCAGCAGCUACCUGUUCCGGGUCGACCACGACACCAUUAUCGACGCUACCAAGUGUGGCAACCUGGCCCGAUUCAUCAAUCACUGCUGCACUCCAAACUGCUACGCGAAGGUGAUCACCAUCGAGUCCCAGAAGAAGAUCGUCAUCUACUCCAAGCAGCCCAUUGGCAUCAAUGAGGAGAUCACCUAUGAUUACAAAUUCCCCAUUGAGGAGAAUAAGAUCCCCUGCCUGUGUGGGACGGAGAACUGUCGCGGCACGCUCAACUGAUGCCCCCCCCCGGAGGCCCCUGUUUUGAGCAAACACGCACAUGACCCCCCCCCCCCCCCCCCAAGGCACAUUGACCUCUUUUAAUAACUGGGUGAAAAGGGGGUGACCGUGUAACAA